GCGAUUUUGGCGCCCCAACUUUCGGCACAGACUCGAGUCUGUGCUUUAGGUGCUAUGUAGAGGGAAUCGCUGCGUUGAGUUUGGAAACUCAUUUAACCUGUUCGUGCAGUGACAGAAGAUUUAAAAGCGCGAUAAGUGUUUUAGAAGUCAGUGUUUCACGUAACAUACCGUAAAACAUCGUGCGGGAAAACGGGCGCACAAAGAGUGAUAUGAAGAAGGUAAAGCUGUGACGGUGGGAAUUAAACGUAAAAAUAGACCUGGUGACGACAGGAAUAUCUAACCUUAUGCCCUCAGCUACCGGAGGUAAUAACCCUAUAGGGCAGCAGAAGGGUGGGGCGACUAUGCCCAGUAAUGAAGAAUGUGGGAUCCGAGAUGUAUGGGGCCACAAUCUGGAAGAAGAAUUCCGAACGAUACGGCAAGUCGUACAACAAUAUCAGUACAUCGCUAUGGAUACUGAAUUUCCCGGAGUAGUAGCUAGACCUAUUGGUGAAUUCAGAACUAGUGCCGAUUAUCAGUAUCAGUUGUUACGAUGUAAUGUAGAUCUUCUACGGAUAAUUCAAUUGGGUCUUACGUUUCUCGAUGAAUCGGGGAAUACCCCUGGGGGUAGUUACACGACGUGGCAGUUUAAUUUCAAAUUCAAUUUACAGGAGGAUAUGUAUGCACAGGAUAGUAUAGAUAUGCUACAGAACAGUGGUAUUCAAUUCAAAAAACACGAAGAAGAGGGUAUAGAUCCAUUGGAUUUCGCUGAACUUUUAAUGACAUCGGGAAUUGUUCUUGUCGACGAUAUAAAAUGGCUAUCGUUUCAUUCCGGCUAUGAUUUCGGUUAUCUACUGAAGCUUCUUACAGACCAAAAUUUACCACAGGAAGAAAGUGAAUUCUUUGAACUCCUUAGGAUAUAUUUUCCGACGAUAUAUGAUGUAAAAUACUUAAUGAAAUCUUGCAAGAAUCUGAAAGGAGGUCUUCAGGAAGUAGCGGAACAAUUGGAAAUACAAAGAGUGGGACCGCAGCAUCAAGCUGGAUCUGAUUCGUUACUCACGGGAAUGGUCUUUUUUAAGAUGCGAGAGAUGUUUUUCGAGGACAACAUUGACGAUGCGAAAUACUGUGGUCAUUUAUACGGAUUGGGAACAUCAUUUGUUGUGAACGGUUUCUUCUGUGAUACGUGCUAA